ACCAAAAUGUAUCGAGAUGUUUCAGCAGACAAAGGGCAGAAACAUGAGAUUGCCAGGUGUAUUCAGCAGAGACCUUCGCAGAAUCAUCGCGUUCCCCAGACUGUUCCUCACAUGGUGGUUCAUGAGAGACUUUUUCCAUGGAGAAGUGGCGGAUCUGACGUUUGAACGGUUGCCGGAAGCUAUGGAUGCUAGCAGUGUAGACCGCGACAUACUCUUUGAUUGGGUAUAUUGCCUCUUCGAAAACACCUUUAGCUUGGAGGCGAUAUCGAAACCCCGCGCACCUGUACGUAUAUUGACUGCAAUGAGUCGCAAAACAGAAAUUUAUUCGGAUUUCGCUGACAUUCAUUCUCAUUGCGCUAGUCACAGCACGAAUGCAUCGUGAUUUCAGACGACGAGAAUUCAGAUGAAUAACUAUGCGAUCCGCGGAUCGAUCCGGAUCAUGAACCAAUAGUGCCGCGGAUGCUUUUACCACCCCAUAUCGAUU